AGCUAGCUAGCUAUGCUUGGAAACUACGUUAGCGUUAUAGUAUAAAAUAGUAAAACAGUUUGUACUAUUGUAACGUUACUUGUAUACGGUUGUAUUCGCCGAAAGGUACUUUGCAUUGUAUUAUUAGAAUUUUAAAAGCCUGCGGAUAUCGACUUUAUUUUGAAUGUUCGAACAGGAAGUUUAGUUUGUAUUCACUGACUUGACAUGAUGGAGCAACUGAGAUUACCACCCUAGCUAGUAGGCUACCGUUCAUUGAUUAUUCCAGCAGUUAUCCCAAAAAAACGGGAAUGUGAACGGGGAGUGUGUAGCGUUGCAGGCAGGAAAUCAAGAGGUUAUGUUUCGUUUAAACACUAGCUAAAUAUUUUUAAAUCUGUAACGUUAGUUAUAAUGUUAAGAAAUAUUGUCGGGAUCAGAACAGUUCGGCACACAGAUGUUACAAGAUGGGGAGACGAAACCGUUAAUCUGGUAUAACGUAAUGUUAAUAGUCUGACGGUAGGGACAUUGUGCAUUUGUUUUAUUUUCCAUUUAACAUUAUUGGGUCUAAUAAUCUGCGGCCAAACCAUGAGCAAUAUGAGGGAUAAAACGACUAACGUUAUCCGCCAACAGAGCUCGGAGAAUAACUCUGUCAGCAGUAAUGAAUGGGAUAUGGCAAAUGAUGUGUUUUUGUCCGGCUACGACGACAAUCCGAUGGGAGAUAACGGUAGUGUCGCUGCGGGGGACAGGGACCCAGAGCAGCCCGGCUCUGACAUACACCUGCCGCUGUUAUCCCAUGAUGUCAUGAUGCUGGGCCUGGCUGGGGAAGAAUAUUCCAGCUCGUAUCUGGACAUCGAUCCAAACUACACCGAAAGUGACGGAAAUUGCACAACCAAGAAGCGCUUACGGUCAAAUAGCUCCAGGCACCGCGGUGAGAUCGUCACUGAGCUGGGACCAGAGGAGGUGCGGUGGUUUUACAAAGAGGACAAGCGGACGUGGAAACCAUUCGUUGGACAUGACUCUUUAAAAAUCGAGAUUGUCUAUCAGAGAUUCAGUAAACAGAACCCUGACACGGUCAAACGACCCGUCAAUCCUGUCGAGGCCGAGGAAAAGGAGGUCCAGCCGGAGAGCGGAGCCGAGGACAGUGCGGAGUCGGCGGUGCAGCGUAGCGAAGGUCAGCGGCACUUGUCAGAAGAGAUGAGGGAUCCGGACGACAUCAGCGUGGAGGCAGUGUGUGUCAGAGGGGGACUCUAUGAAGUCGAUAUCAGGGAGAAGGAAUGCUACCCCGUUUACUGGAACCAGCAAGACCGUAUUCCUGUGAUGAGGGGUCAGUGGUUCAUUGAUGGAACGUGGCUUCCCCUAGAGGAGGACGAGAGUGACCUCAUCGAGAUGGAGAACCUUGCCCGCUUCAGGGGGCAACGGAUGAGGGACACCUACGAGAUGGAGGUGGUGACCACCACAGUGGACAGCAAGGAUGCCAUCCACAGUCUGAAGCUGAGCAGGAGUCAUGUGGAUUGGCACAGUGUGGACGAGGUGUACCUGUACAGUGACGCCACCACCUCCAAGAUCGCACGUACUGUCACUCAGAAACUGGGCUUCUCUAAAGCCUCCAGCAGCGGGACACGUCUCCAUCGGGGAUACGUGGAAGAGGCAGCACCUGAGGACACCCCACCUGAAACCACACACAUCGUCUUUGUGGUGCAUGGCAUCGGCCAGAAGAUGGACCAAGGCCGCAUUAUCAGGAACACCAGCAUGAUGAGAGAUGCUGCCAGAAAGAUGGAGGAGAAGCACUUCUCCGAUCGCACCACAGAGCAUGUAGAGUUUCUUCCUGUUGAGUGGAGGGCAAAACUGGCUCUGGAUGGAGACACGGUGGACUCCAUCACCCCAGACAAGGUGCGAGGUCUCAGAGACAUGCUGAACAGCAGCGCCAUGGACAUCAUGUACUACACCAGCCCUCUGUACAGAGAUGAGAUAACCAGGGGUUUGACUCUGGAGCUGAAUCGUCUGUACUCACUCUUCUGCUCACGAAAUCCAGACUUUGAGAAAAAUGGGAAGGUGUCCAUAGUAUCACACUCACUGGGCUGCGUCAUCACUUAUGACAUCAUGACGGGCUGGGACCCUUUGCGCUUUCACCAUCAAGAAUCGCCAGACCCUGAGGAAACAAUGGUCUGCUGGUCAAGUGACGAGGAGCACUACCUUCAGGAGCAGCUAAGACUCACACGCCUCAGGUUGAGGGACUUGGAGGAUCAAUUCCAGCGUCUGCAGACCUCAUCUUGUUCAGUGCCAGCCUUGAAAUUCAAGGUAGAAAAUUUUUUCUGCAUGGGCUCUCCUCUUGCUGUUUUUUUGGCGUUGCGAGGAAUCCGGCCUGGAAAUAAUGGUGUGCAGGAUCACAUCCUCCCCACAUCUAUCUGCAAACGCCUCUUCAACAUCUUUCAUCCCACAGACCCUGUGGCAUACAGAUUGGAGCCUCUUAUCUUAAAGCACUACAGUAACAUUGCACCUGUUCAAAUCCACUGGUACAACACCACCAGCCCAACACAGUACGCUCGGAUCCGGCCCACACUGCUCAACCCCCCAAAGGAAACAACAUCUGUCUCAGACUCAGAGAGCAUCCCAAGCCCCGGCACUUCCCCGCCCCAAGCCAGACGCCACUAUGGAGAGUCUAUCACCAACCUUGGCAAGGCCAGCAUCAUGGGUGCUGCCAGUCUUGGAAAGGGAAUCGGAGGAAUCCUGUUUUCCCGCUUUUCCCGUUCUAGUGGCCAGGUGGGCGGAGUGGAGGAGGAGCCAUCAGAUUCUGAGGGUGGAGCCUCUGAGGUGGAGAAUGUGGCAUCAGAUGAAGGGGCAAUGGUGUCAGAGAACGAAGAGAAAGAUGAAGAAAUAGAGAAAGAGAGGACAGUCGUGGAGCCUGCAAUGUCCCAGUCCGCCUCAGCUGUCAUGGACAGCACCUCAUUGGAACUGGAGAGGCGCAUCGACUUUGAGCUGCGGGAGGGCUUGGUGGAGAGCCGCUAUUGGUCAGCAGUGACCUCACACACGGCCUAUUGGUGCUCUUAUGAUGUGGCUCUGUUCCUCCUCACCUUCAUGUACAGACCACAAGAGCCUCUUGAACCUGCAGAAGAUAAUCCAGAGACCUCAUAACGUGCAAACUGACAUGGAGCCAUCACAGCUGGGGUCAUUUUGCUUUCUGUUCAUGUCUUUUAAACAAAUGAAAAGCCCAAUUUAUGGAACAUAAAAUGAAGAAUGAAGACUUUUCCUUUUUUUCCACUGAAGAUUACUUGUCUAAUCACAAAGCUCUGUUGGUUCUUCAUUGUGUGUAUAUAUAGCCAUAGAGAAAGCCCCAGUGCUUAAUCCCGUUCUAACCUUGUGCUUUUGUGAAAUAUGUUUAAUAAUUUCUCAUAAUCUCAUGCCUCAGAUGAGAACAAAGAAGCUCACAAGUGAUCAUGGGAGCCAUAUUAUAGACAAGGAUAAAGGGAAUUCUUUAUUUAAUACAAUGCGUACAGUGCAUUGUGUGAUUGUACAGUCUACUCCAGUGCAUUGUGUGAUUGUACAUUUAAUCCUAAAACCUGAAUAUUUAACAGAUAAUCUGUUUAAAUCAGCAUUUACUAUUUUUGACCACUGGAGGGCGGACAGACUCCAAAACAGACUUCUCAAUCUCAAUAAACCAUUAGCUUAUCAUGUUGCUAUAAGCAACAGUUGCCUAACACUAAAACUGUGUCUACACAGGAGGCUUAGCACCACAUAAGCAGGGCAGCAGUUACACACGUAAAACAGAAGACACAGUCCCUGUUUUGUUUUAUUCCAAUCCUACUCGACAAAGUUGCAACCUUUAGGGUGUCUUCAUUUACAUGCACUUGAGUUACCAGGUUUUUUUAAUUUCUUUCAUGUCAUGUAAACAGAAACCUGGUGUCUAUAAUCGUAGAUAGGGGAUUAGAGAAACCUGAUUUGUCCAGCUAGAUUUGUCCUGGAAAAAAAGUUGAUUUCUCUGCCAUGUACACAUAACCAGGUUUCUAAUCGGCUUUUUGCAUGUAAAAUACAGUGCAUGAGUAAGACUUCAGACAAAAAAAGUAUCGGUGUGAUAGCAGAGCAGCUGGAUGAAAAGAGAGAUCAUAACAAGUAGCAAUGCAUCCUUGUAUUUAAGAUAAUUCAAUCCAAAGUCUGACUGAAACUAACACAAAGGUUCUUUUUUGUCAACCCAGCAGCACAACUCACAGUCAAGUGGUGAGUCAAGCUUUGCUCAGGGUUAUGGGGCAUAUUGGUAAUUUUGUGAGCCAGUUCGCCUGGCGCACACCUGGAUACAGGGUGGGAUCAGAAAGAAUACAUUAUAAAUAGGCGUGUUACAGGUUUUGACAAUCAUGGGCAAUCACGUUCCCUAUUUACAUUUUUAAAACAGGGCCUCAGUUACCCAGUGUUUUGGAUCAUUGAGACACUGGGGGAGGACUGGCAGGAAUGGACUGCUCUGAGGGAGUUAUUAUGGAGAGAGAAGAUUUAAUUGAUCCAUGUUUUUUUCAUGGAAUUCUGUGAA